AUGACUAUUACUCUUGACGAUGUUAGGGGUCUUUUGAGCAUCCCAUGUCAUGGAAAGUUUUUCACACCUCCUGCUAAUGUCAAUGAAGAUUUGGCAAUUGCUGCAUUUGUUGAGUUAUUGGGAGUUGAUUAUGAUGAAGUUGUAACUGAAACUAGGAUCAAUAGAGGUGCCUCAUAUAGUUUUGAGUGGUUGAAAGCUGUAUUUUUGAAGCAACUUCAUAAAGGACGACACAAUUGUGCAACGGGGGCAUACCUACUUUAUUUGGUAAGGUGUACCAUUCUAGCUGAUAAAAGUUUUACCUUUGUAUCUGCAAAAUAUUUGUUUCUUUUUCAAGACCUUGAUACUUGUGGUAAAUGGCCAUGGGGACCAGCUGCACUUGUUUUAUAUGACUAUCUUAGAGAUGGUACACUACCUGCAAGGAAGCAGAUAGGAGGAUACUUAUCUUUAUUUCAGACAUGGAUUUAUGAGCAUUUCCCUGAUAUUUGUAAACGGGAUAUGAAUGAGCAUAUAUCUUCAAAGCCACUGAUAUUUGGAUGGACUGCAAAAAAAACAUCUAGGAACGUUGAAUACUACAGAGCAAAGUUGGAUACUUUGAGAGAUACUGAUAUUAUCUAG